AUGGCAACAACCAUGUUUUAACAAAAUGAAAACAACUUCAAAAAAAAAAUAGAUGAAUUCAAUGAUCUUUAUAAAUAAUAUGCACUUACUUAAAGCAAACACUUAGUUUUUGAGAAGAUGAAACUUGUUUUUGUUUAAGCUGAACAAUAAGUAAUCUAAUUGAAUAUAUAUUAAAGUUCAAAUUCAUGGAAAUUGAAUUUGGAUCAUUUACAGAUCUUCAUCAAAAAGACUUUGCUUAGAAUAUGAAAUCCAACAAACUCAUUUUUGUAGAAUGCCAAAAGAAACUUAGAGAUUUACAAUCUAAUCUUGAUUAAAUGCCUUUAUCAAAUGUUAGUAGCAAUAGUAAAAAAUAAACUCCUUCUCCAAUCAAAGGACUUAAUUCUGAUCUAUAUGCCUAAGUUAAAUAGUUAGACACUCUAGAUUCUCGUUUAUUAGAAGCUGAAGAUACCUAAUUAACUAUUUUAGAUAAUAUACGAAAUCAAAAAGAAAAAUUGCUCAAAGCCCUUGAAGAUGUAUUAUUUAUCAUUCUCAACCAAAAUAGACUAAAGAAAUCCAAGUUGGAGUCAAAAUGACUUAAAGACAUGCCACUAUGAUUAAAAAUCGUCAAUCCUAUAAUAAAGGAAUCCUCCUCUCCUUAAUUUGCAUAUUAACCAUAGGAAAUAUACUUAUUUUAUAUUACAAAUUCAUUAGUUGA